AUGAAGGUUGGUGCCCUUCUUGCUGCCCUUCGAGGUAUGAGCCAUCACGACAUCGAGACUCGUAUCUGGAAUGAUCCCAUUUAUACGCGGUUGUUUGGAUCUUUACUUGAGCCCCGAAUCCCUCUCAUGCGAUCCUCUGUUCACGACAUCGCGGACAGUGUUGUGCUGGACGAGUUCGACUUGCCAAAUAAGGCUGCAGAGAGUGCGCGUGAGGUUUUCCGCCUGACCGCCACGUGCACUCAUCUCUACCCCCUCGGUUCCAAUGGUAAACCCGAUCAUUCCCGACCCUUCUACCAUCAAUCCAUUCUUUCGACAUUUAGUAAGAAGUUUCUAUUCGUGUCCCCGAACUUCCUUGAGAUACAUUCUCGUGAGCUCGGAAUCGCUCAUUCCGAGGACGACACUACACCCGUGCGUGUCCCUGGCCCUAUGAUUGCAUUUGUUGCCGUUGCGUGGAGGAAUGGUCACCAUGUCCCGAUUGAGUUCUCCCGCGACAAUUUCAACCACACCUACAGGCAGUAUUGCAAGCGGUUUGAAGAUCUUCGUGAGAGGUUUGGCGUUGACGUUUAUCGCCAGUACCUGUCUGAGUUCUACAAGACCGCUAUACUUUCGGCUCCGACGAGGACAUCUCUAUCGGUGCUGAUGAUGAUUGGGAUGCAGCUUUGA